AAGCAGAUCUUUCAGGGUAGAUUUCUCUUUUUUUUUCUUUUCUUUCUUUCUUUUUUUUGAGGCAGAGUCUUGCUUUAUUGCCUAGGCUGGAGUGCAGUUGUGUAAUCUGGUUCACUGCAACCUCAGUCUCCCGGGUUCAAGCAAUCCUCUUGCCUCAGCCUCCUGAGUAGCUAGGAUUAUAGGUACACGCCACCACACCCAGCUAAUUUGUGUAUUUUCAGUAGAGACGGGGGUUCCACCAUGUUGGCCAGGCUGAUCUUGAACCCCUAACCUCAAAUGAUCCACCUGCCUUGGUUUCCCAAAGUGCCGGGAUUACAGGUGUGAGCCACUUCACCUGGCUCAGGAUAGAUUUUUCCAGGGUACCCAUUUGAUUCUGAGAUGUUGAUUUCUAUUUUAAACUUGUUUUUUGAAUGAUCUCUGCUCCCUAGCUCUAGGAUAGGAAUUCUCAACCUGAGUGAGCAAUUCAAACUGAGAUUACUUUUGUUUAGACUCAUAUAUUUCGAUAACAUAUGACUUCUCCAGUAUGCCCCAGAAAGCUGCUAAUAACUUAACUCAACUUGAAAUUUACAGUUUUCCAAAUUACAGGUUGGCAGAGAUACUGGAUUGAUAACAACAUCCACAGUUAUGAUAUAAUCAUUCUUAUGCUGUAAACAAAAUUAUUUUGGUUAGCAGAAUUUAAUAGUUAACUGUUAAUACAUACUAGGCACUAUUGUAGCCACUUAAUGUGCUUCAUGACACCUUAUGAGAUAGGUACUAUUAUCCUCAUUUUGCAGAUGAGGAAACAGGUACAAGGAGGUAUUUUCUCAAGGUCACACAACUAGGGAGUGGUGGCACUAGAAUGGGAACAUAGGCAGUCUUUCUCCAAAGCCUAUGCUGUGCUGCCUCUUGAUGGAGAGUAAACCUGUUUUACAGUGUGUGUAGUAUGGAAGCAGCAUAAUAAUAAGAAUAGCUGUUCCUUAUUGAGCCAUUACUGUGGCAGACACUGUACUAUAAGCUGCAGUAUCACCAUUAUCUCAUUUGAAUCUCAUAGUAGCUCUAUCAGUUAGAGGUAUGUAAAUGCGUCCUCCUCUCCCAGCACCUUUACAGAUGAGGAAACUGAUCCCUAGAGGUGAAGAAAGUUGUCUAAUGACAGAGUGCUUGUAAGAGUUAAAGCCAAGACUUGACGCUCUUUCUUGCAGUUACUGGAUUUCUCCUAAUUUUUGGGAACUAAUACAGUAUAGUAGCUAAGGAUGCAAGUACUGAAACCAGAAAUCUUGCCUCAAAUGCCAUUUCUGCCACUUGAGCUGUGUACUUUGGACAAAUUAAUCUCAUCUUUCCCAUUUGAAAGUCAGACAUAAUGUCUUCCCUAGAGGCUUGUGAGGAUUAAGUGAGGCAAGUGAAUGUCAAUGGGCUGAGAUCAGAGCUUGGCUCACAACACUCAGUAAUGAUCACUACCAAAUUUUUUUGUGUGUAUAAAUAAAUACACUAUUUCCCCCAUGUUUCCAUUUUUUAAGACCUUGUAUAGUGAAUUUAUUGUAUCUUUCUCAGAUUAACAGUUGCACACAGUGCUUGAAAUUUAGAGGUAUUUCACCUGAAAAGAUGUCUAGAGGUUGAAAGAAAACAUGCUGGGCAUAUGAUUUGAAAGUAUAACUAACAUGCUAUUUAAAAUUAAGUUUUCCCUAUGUUUUCUAUCUUUUCUGGCACCUAGAUAUACCAUUUAAUAAGUAAUACCAAGGAUAAUCAUCUGUUUUUUUAAGCCCUGGAAAAUCUCGAUUAAAGAGGACAUUUCAGUAUUGCAAAUAAAUGCAUGGUAUUUGUGUAACAUUGUGGAAACUAAUAAACACAAAUUGUAUUAUAGCAAUUUUUUCUUGCCAAUUUUAUUGGCACAUAAUUUAUAUAUAAUGAAUGACAUAUAUUUAAAGAGAACAGUUUAUUGACUUUUGGCAGUUGUAUAUACCCAUGAAAUUACCACCACAAUUAAGACACAGCAUUUCUAUCAUUUCUAAGAUUCCUUGUGUCUCUUUCCAGUGCAUCUCACUAAGUCCUAGGCAACCACUUUGCCCAAGUCUCUAGACUAUCUUGGAUGUGGAAUGACUUUGUGUAUGUUUAACUUUUGAAGAAACCUCUCAAAUAGUUUUCCAAAGUGGUUAUGCCAUUUUACAUUCCCAACAGCAGUGUAUGCGAGUUCCUGUUGCUCCAUAUCCUUCUGCAUUUGGUGUUGGCAAUCUUUGAAGUUUUACCCCUUCACGUGGAUGGGGAGUUAUGUGUAUUGUGGUUUGUAUUUCCCUUAUGACUACUGUUAAGCAUCUUUCCAUGUGCUUAUUGGCCAUACAUAUAUCUGAUUUGGUGAAGUAUUCAAAUCCUUUGCCCAUUUAAGAAAUAGGGUGGUUUUUUCUUAUUGAAUUAUAAGAGUUCUAUUUUUUUUUUGUUUUUUUUUUAUUAUACUUUAGGUUUUAGGGUAUAUGUGCACAAUGUGCAGGUUUGUUACAUAUGUAUCCAUGUGCCAUGUUGUUUUGCUGCAAAAAAAAAAAAGAGUUCUUUAUACAUUCUGUAUACAAAGUCCUUUGUCACAUAUUGGAAUGACCAUUUUAAAACAGUAUUUGGUAACUAAUAACGUUAGGCUAGGUACUUUAAAAAACAGUAUGACCACAGUACUACAGAGAGGUUGAACAAACUGCCAAACCUAGAAAUCUGUCAAGGGAGGCCUGUACUUUUGUGCCCAGAGCGCUGCGACCAAGAAACCCACAACAUAAAACCUGAUUUACUCUUAAAAGCCAACAGAGAUAAUAUAGUUUUAAAAAUAACAAAAAUCCCACGAUGUAUUGUUGUUGUUGAUGUUGCCGGCAAGCUGCCUACUAUCUCCCAGGACCCCUCUUAAAAUCGAAGUUAAAACCUCAACACAGGAACGCCGCGAUCAGGGCUCCGUUGGGCCAUUUUGGAAUAUCGGGCAAGUAUCUUCGACGGUAUUCAUGUCAUUUAAUUAUCUACAUGACGUCCUUUAGAGGAUGACAAACUCGUCGGGCUUUUGUGUUUGGCUUUGAACCAGUGUCAUGAGGCGGAAAAGGUCCGACCAGAGGGCGGAUAGGUACUGGCUUCCCGACGUCACCGCCGCUGGGUGUCCCGGAAAGCUGGACGCUGGCCGCGCAUGCGCCCCACGUCCCGUCCUGGUUCCGCCUCCCUGGAAGAGGGAUGGUGUUGCCUCGGUAACGGGAGUAAACGGAGGCCUCCGGCAGACGCUGUGAGGAGAGGAGCCGAGGCGGUCAGUACCUUCGAGGAAAUGAAGGAACCAGAUGAUCAGGAUACUGAUGGGGAGAAAUCAGUUACAUCAAAGAGUGAAGGGAAGAAGUCUCUGAGGUCUUCUAAAUCAGAAUCAAGAUCUCCUGUUGAAGAAGAUAACACAUUUUUAGAAGAUGACACAGAUGAAACAUUUACUGAAGGGGAAGGAUCAUAUUUAGAAGAAGACUCAGAUGAGGAACAUUUGGAAGGAAGUUUGAGUUCAUUUCAGUAUGAUGAUUUGCAAAGCACUACAGUACCUCAGCAAACCCCUGCCCCAGCUGUGGAAGAAGCAGAGGAGGAAGUUAAGAAGAAAAUAUCAGAGAGAUUCUUCUAUGAUUAUAUGGAUCUUGCUUCGAUGCCUUUUGUGACUCUGGAUUCAAACAUACCACUGGAUCUUCUCACACUCGUACAUUCUUUUGGUUAUGAAUGUAGAAAGCGAGCCAACCUACAACUUCUGGACGACAGUAUUGCAAUGUACAUAGCUGGGAACCAACUGAUCUUUCUGAAUUUGAAAACCAAGGAACAGAUCUACCUGCGAAGUAGCAGUGGUGAAGGAAUUGGCGUCAUUGGGGUUCAUCCACAUAAAACUUAUUUCACAGUAGCUGAAAAAGGAAGUUUUCCAGAUAUUAUCAUCUAUGAAUAUCCUUCUCUGAGACCAUACAGAAUCCUUCGAGAUGGGACUGAGAAGGGAUAUGCUUAUGUGGACUUUAACUACAGCGGUACCUUGCUGGCCUCUGUUGGUAGCAACCCUGACUACACACUGACUAUCUGGAACUGGAAAGAAGAACAACCCAUACUGAGGACAAAAGCUUUUUCUCAGGAAGUUUUUAAGGUUACUUUCAAUCCUGAUAAUGAAGAGCAGCUUACUACAUCGGGAUCAGGUCACAUCAAGUUCUGGGAAAUGGCUUUUACAUUCACAGGUCUCAAGCUGCAGGGAUCACUAGGUCGAUUUGGCAAAACAACCACUACUGAUAUAGAAGGCUACAUGGAGCUCCCAGAUGGGAAAGUGCUCUCAGGGUCAGAAUGGGGCAACAUGCUGCUUUGGGAAGGUGGUCUGAUCAAAGUGGAGCUCUGUCGAGGAACAAGCAAGUCAUGUCACAAUGGUCCCAUUAACCAGAUAACGCUGUAUGAGGGUGAAGUUAUCACUGUUGGGUCAGAUGGAUAUGUUAGGAUAUGGGAUUUUGAGACAAUAGACACUGCUGAUAUAAUAGAUGAAACUGGAUUGUUGGAGAUUGAGCCUAUUAAUGAACUUCAAGUAGACAAGAAUGUGAAUCUCUUCUCUAUGAUAAAAAUGAAUGAAACUGGAAAUAACUUUUGGUUGGCUCAGGAUGCCAGUGGAGCCAUAUGGAAGCUUGACCUUAGUUUUUCAAAUAUUACCCAGGACCCAGAAUGCCUCUUCUCCUUCCAUUCUGGAGCUAUUGAAGCCGUAGCUGUUUCUCCUCUCACUUAUCUCAUGGCCACAACUGGCUUGGAUUGCUCCGUUCGAAUCUAUGAUUUUGCUAGCAAAACUCCUUUGGCCCAGAUGAAAUUCAAACAAGGAGGUACUGCCCUUGUUUGGGUACCCCGAAUGGUAAACUUCACUGGAGCACAAAUUAUUGUAGGAUUUGAAGAUGGAGUUGUUCGAAUUCUUGAACUUUAUGAUCCAAAAGGGCUCACAAUUUUUGCAGGAAGGAAGAAAAUUUUGGAUGCUGAUAUUCAGUUGAAACAGGUUUUCAAACCCCAUACUGCUUGCGUCACUGCUUUAGCUUAUGAACGUGAUGGGGAAAUUCUAGCCACAGGGAGUAAAGAUCAAACUGUUUUCUUCUUUGAAGUGGAAAGGGAUUAUAAGCCAAUUGGUUAUAUUAAUACUCCUGGACCUGUGUGUCAGUUAAUGUGGUCUCCUAUGUCUCACCCUGAAAGUACUUUACUAAUUAUCUGUGAAAAUGGCUAUAUUCUUGAAGCUCCACUUCCAACCAUAAAGCAAGAAGAGGAUGAUCAUGAUGUAGUCUCCUAUGAAAUCAAAGACAUGCGCAUAAAAUGUUUCCAUUUUUCAAGUGUCAAAUCUAAGAUUCUGGGUGACUAUGAUUCUGGUUUUCUGUAUCACUGUGAGUUCCCCCCUUGUGAUGAAAGCAGUGAUUUCAAAGAACAAAAAGAUGAACCUAUCGAUGUCCGUUAUCUUGAGGAUACAGAGGAUAAUCCCAUCCGAACUAUCACUUUCAACAUUAACAAAGUUAUGAUGUUUUGUGGAAUGAAAAAUGGAGCAAUUCGAGUCUAUGUCCUAAAUCAGAAUGAUCCUUCAUUGACCAGUUUGGUGGACUACUGGCACUUCAAUAUGCACGACAAUAAUUAUGGAUGUAUUAAAAGUAUUGCUAGUAGCUUUGAUGAUCGUUUCUUGGUGACUGCUGGAGCAGAUGGUAAUAUCUUUGUUUUCAACAUUUUUUCUGAAUUUAUGCUAAGGAAAGACAUGAAGGCCAAAGUUCCAUCUCCCAGGUUUGGAAUUGAAACAGAGCCAAUUCCAGAAGACAUUGAAGAUCCCAAAGCCUACAGUAUCGAGAAUGCUAGGAGAAAAAGAGAACAUGACAAGUUAAUGAAAGAAGUGGAAGAAAUAAAGGCACGGAAGAGAGAGAAGAUCAAAGCUUUGAGGAAUGAAUUUUGUAAACUAUUAGAAAUGAAUGAAGAAUUACCAAAGCAUAUGCAGUUUAAACGAACAGAUUUUGAUGUAGAUUCCCAAAUCCGUGCUGAGAUGCACAGAAAAACAGCUUUCAAAAUUCAACAAGUGGAAAAGGAAUUAGCUUGGGAAAAAGAGAAACAUGAACUCGGCCUAAUGAAGCUAAAGAAUCGAUUUCGAGAUCCACUGGAAAGUGAUACUAUUGUGGUUCAUGCCAUACUGAGUGACCACAAGAUAUCCUCUUACAGGCUGGUGCAGCCCUCUAAGUACUCCAAAUUCAAACGAGCUAGUCAAUCAGAGAGAAAACCAAGCAAAUUGGACAGGUUUGAAAAAGAGGGACCUGGAAGAAAGGACAGUCAGAGAGAUGCAGGUGGGAGUGUUACCAUACAAGAAGAAUCAAUAAUAGAAAAAGGGAAGAAAUUUCGGCCUAAAACCCUAAGUGAAAUUAUGGUGGAAAAUCAAAUUGAGAAAACGAGAAAACUUAUAUUAAAAGCUGAAAGGGCACAACUAAAGAUUCAACAGCGAAAAAAAGAAUGGGAGGAACUAUACAAGAGUAAACCUGGUGACGACUAUGAAGAUCCCAAAGAUCUUCAAGCCAUCAAAGAAGCCCAGGUGUAUAUGGGAGAUUUCAAUCUGAAGACAGCCCCAGACUACAAGAUACCUGAGCACAUGAGAAUAAAUGCGGCCAAGAAGGAAGAGGAACUAGGACACCUAGAUUCUUUGGUCCAUGGAAAUAAAAGGCACAUGAACAAGUGCAUUCUCUCUCUUAGAGACCUUAAAGUGGCUGUUGUUGAGGAAAUACAGUGCCUGGUACAAGAACUGAAGAACAUUCAGUCGACUCUUCACAUAUCCAAGCACAUACCCAUUCCCAAAAUUCCUCAGAUACACCCAGAAGAAGUUCCAGAAAAGAGAUUUCAGUAUGAUGAAGAAACUCUCCUAAAUUUUAAGCAACAGCAAAUGCAAAGUAACGACGAAAAGUCCCCCGGAGUGGAACAGAUAGGGUCUGGAGGUCCAGGGGGAGGAUUCCUCAAGCUCUCUUCUGGAAAGGAUGGGGAUUUGACAACCCGUGAUUCAAUAUCUAGGUCAUCAAAGGCAUCAACAUUCAGCCUAGAUAUACCAAAGUGUAUGGAAUUUGAAAAAGCAGAGCCAACGGAUGUGGAGCUGGAAAUUAUGAAGAGAGACGAGAUUAAACAUGUGUACAUGCAACAGUAUUUGGUCAACAGGAUCGAAGAACUGGUUGUCACUUUCGAUGCAGAACUCCGUCUCCUUAGACAUCAGAAACUGAAACUAGAUACUCAGAUGAAAUUAUCUGACCUGCACCAUGUCACCUUAUUUCAAGAAAUACUUCUCCUGAAGAAUUUUGAAAAACAGGAGAACAUACUUCAAGAACGUGUUAAUUCCUUAGACAAAGAGGAACAGUACAUGCAAUGGAAAAUAAAUGAAACUCUUAAAGAGAUGGAAGAGAAAAAGAAUGAAAUCACCAAACUCCAGGAGCAAGAAAAGGCACUCUAUGCUGGUUUUCAAGCAGCCAUUGGAGAAAACAAUAAAUUUGCAAACUUCCUCAUGAAGGUCCUAAAGAAGAAGAUUAAACGGGUAAAGAAAAAAGAAGUUGAAGGAGAUGCUGAUGAAGAUGAGGAGAGUGAGGAAUCAAGUGAAGAAGAAUCUAGCUUGGAGAGUGAUGAAGAUGAGUCUGAAUCCGAAGAUGAGGUUUUUGAUGAUUCUAUUUGCCCAACAAACUGUGAUGUGGCUCUUUUUGAGCUGGCCCUUCAACUUCGAGAGAAAAGGCUGGACAUCGAGGAGGCUUUAGUUGAAGAAAAGAAAAUUGUUGAUAACCUCAAAAAGGAAUAUGAUACAUUGUCAAAAAAAGUGAAAAUUGUCGCAACUAAUCUGAAUGCAGCAGAGGAGGCCCUGGAGGCUUAUCAGCGAGAGAAGCAGCAGCGGCUGAAUGAACUGCUAGUUGUGAUUCCGCUCAAGCUCCACCAGAUAGAGUAUGUGGUAUUUGGAGAAAUACCUAGCGAUCUUUCUGGUACUUUGGUCUUCUCUAACCACGCCUUGAGACGGCUGCAAGAACGAAUCCGUGAGCUCCAGGAGGAAAAUUCCAAGCAGCAAAAACUUAACAAAGAAUGGAGAGAGAGACGUAAACAGCUCAUCCGAGAAAAGAGAGAAAUGACAAAAACCAUACACAAAAUGGAGGAAACAGUCCGGCAGCUCAUGAUCAGCAAGUUUGGCCGCGUGGUAAAUCUAGAAGCCCUUCAGACACUUUCUGUUAAUACAACACUUGAAGAACUGAAGAUCAGAAAACUUCAAAAGGAGCUAGCGAAUGCGAAGGAGAUGAAGAUGUGGGAGGAAAAGAUUGCUCAAAUGCGAUGGGAACUGAUGAUGAAGACAAAAGAACACACCAGAAAGCUUUAUCAGAUGAAUGAUUUGUGUAUUGAAAAGAAGAAACUUGAUUCUCGGUUGAAUACGCUACAGAAUCAGCAGGGCAAUGCCUUCCAGGGCCCUCGGGAAGCAGAUGCUGUGGCAAGAGAGGAGGUCACUGAAUUGAUCCAACUCCAGGCGGAAAGGAUUUCGGCCUUAAAGGAGGAGAUUGCUCUUUUGCGUAGGAAAGGUGGUCUUAUCCUCCCACCCAUUCAGUCUCCAAAAGAGAAACAGAUACAGCCCGUGGACCUUUGAGUUUGCUAUUUUCUCAAACCCAUACAAGAUUUCUGACAUAACUCACCGGAAGUUCUGUCUCCUCAUCACCUCCAACAAUCUUAUUACUUUAAACUGAACUUGCCUGAAAGUCUAAAACCAGAUCCAGUCACGUAGCUUUAAGAAUCUCUCUACAAUUUGGUUAUCUUAGAACGGACUGCAGCACCCAACCUCUGUUAUGAAACUGAAUCAUUUUAGAUAUUUCGAAACUACUAGAUUGAAUAUGAAGUCUCGGAAGGCUGUGUUUCAUGAUUGCAGCAAAUCAUCUGUAAUAUAUUUUGUUUUAGGAAAAUUUGAUUUGGGGGUAUGCUGAAUUUUUAGCCCUUGGCAAGAAAAACUAUCAUUCAGCAAUUCGUGAGAAAACUUUGUUUUCUUGAUCCUUAGAAAAUAAACUUAGAUGUUAUUAGGUGUUCUCUGAGAGGAUGCAGGAGAAAAGGACAUUUUGCCAACUAUAUCUUAGAAUAGAAAUGCAAAUUUCAGUUUUGCCGUUGUUGACUUCAUAAAGCAGUUUUUUGAGGGCUCAGGAUUCAGGAAACACAAACAGACAUGGCAGAGCAGUUUGCUCUGGGUUGGCAGAAAGCAGGAAAAUAACCAGCCUUCUUGGAUUGCCCACAGUUUUUGUAGACCCCUCAGUUCUGAGUGGAGCAGAGGGGCAUGCUUAAUAAAACAGUCAAUAAAGAGGCUUUUCUUUAAA